AGAGAGCGCGGCCCCACCCCGUGGCCGGCAGAGCCUAUCGCCGGGAGCGCGGAGCGCGGAUAAAUGUAGCGCCGCGGCGCGGGCCUCCAGCUCUCCGAGGGGUCGGAGCGCAGCGGAGCCAUGCAGUACCCACACCCGGGGCCGGCGGCGGCGGCGGGCGCCGUGGGGGUGCCGCUGUACGCGCCCACGCCGCUGCUGCAGCCGGCGCACCCGACGCCGUUCUACAUCGAGGACAUCCUGGGCCGCGGACCCGCCGCGCCCACCCCCGCCCCCACGCUGCCGUCCCCCAACUCCUCCUUCACCAGCCUCGUGUCCUCCUACCGGACCCCGGUGUACGAGCCCACGCCGAUCCACCCCGCCUUCUCGCACCACUCCGCCGCCGCGCUGGCCGCCGCCUACGGACCCGGCGGCUUCGGGGGCCCUCUGUACCCCUUCCCGCGGACGGUGAACGACUACACGCACGCCCUGCUCCGCCACGACCCCCUGGGCAAACCCCUGCUCUGGAGCCCUUUCUUGCAGAGGCCUCUGCAUAAAAGGAAAGGCGGCCAGGUCAGGUUCUCCAACGACCAGACCAUCGAGUUGGAGAAGAAGUUUGAGACCCAGAAAUACCUCUCUCCGCCCGAGAGGAAGCGUCUGGCCAAGAUGCUGCAGCUCAGCGAGAGACAGGUUAAAACCUGGUUUCAGAAUCGACGCGCUAAAUGGAGAAGACUGAAACAGGAGAACCCUCAAAGCAAUAAAAAAGAAGAACUGGAAAGUUUGGACAAUCCCUGUGACCAGAGGCAAGACUUGCCCAGUGAGCAGAAUAAAGGUGCUUUGGAUAGCUCUCAAUGUUCACCCUCCCCUGCCUCCCAGGAAGACCUUGAAUCAGAGAUUUCAGAGGAUUCUGAUCAGGAAGUGGACAUUGAGGGCGAUAAAGGCUAUUUUAAUGCUGGAUGAUGAUCACUGACAUUGGCACAUUCAGAAAACUGGACUUCGGACUAACAUUUGCUACAGAAAAUCUCAAUAGACAUACUGAAAAGCUAUGAGAAAGGGAAUAAUUUUCUGGUAUUCUGGAAAUCUGAAAUAUUUAGUGGCUGGCUAAGCAGCAAACUUACACUGAAACCUUAAUUUUGACUUAAAUGGUUUAUGUACUGAUUGUAGGUUAUAUGAUGAAGGGACUCUUCACUGUUUAAAUUCCCCCUUUUUAAAGAAGUAAAUUGUUUUUUCUAUUUAUAAAAAGCAAUUUUGAACAGUUUGUUAAAUUUUUAAGUUAUAACUAAAGAUUUUAAUAAGAUCUUCUUGAAUGACUUUUUAAUCUGUAUCUACAUCCCACUUAAUGGAAAAGCAAAAGGGCACCUCAGAUCCAGAGGUAUGCCGUGGUAAAGGGGCCCACAUUUCAGGCAGCCUUGGAAUAUUUUAAAAGGAACUUCCUUUACUUUUUAUAUUGUAUUCUUAUACUGCCUUAAAUCCAAUAUGAUCUCAGAGCUCCUGUCCAGGGGAUGUGUGUGUUGUUUUUUUUUUUUUUGUCAGAGAGAUAUAGUCGAUAAGAAUCUUAAAUGCUUGUUUUGCACUAUCACUUAGUACCUUAUAUGACCAAGGUGUUAAGGGAAUAGUACAGGGCAAUUCAAGCAGAGAAACUGACUCGUUGGUGACUAAAAUUAAUCACAGAUGAACUGGAAGUAGCAGGUUAAUUAAAUGUAAGUAGACUGUAGAUAUUGUGUUUUAUAUCAAACUGUUUAUAAUGUGUAUAUAUAAUUGUUCACUGUAAAAAAAAUGACCAAAAUGGUGUUUUUUUUUAAAUGAGUAACUUGUGUAUAAAAUAAACCCGUCGAUGGGACGACUGACCUC